AUGGGUUUGAAAGGUCGUCAAGGAGAACUCAAGAUAAACACUAUGAACUCAUCCGCUCUCAUGGAUUCUCAGGUUGUUUCCUUUAGCAUCAAACCUCAGAAUCCUAGUCAUGGUUCAUAUAUGCAUAUCAAUGGGGCUUAUGCAUUGAAUGUUAAGAGUUUUCAGUGUACCACUCAGACAUGUUCUCCUAGUUGGGAUCAUUGUAAAGAUCUUGACAUGCCCUCUGAAAUCAAGCCAGAUCAGGUAAAGUUGCUCAUAGGCCUAGAUAAUCCUGAAGCACAUGUGCAGUUAGAAGUGAGAAGGGGUGAGCCGGAGGAUCCGUUGGUGGUUCGCACUAACCUGGGUUGGUCAUUGAUGGGGGGUGAUUGUAAUCGCGAGUCAGAAUUUGAGCCAGUCUCCGUCAAUCUGAUUGGUGUAGACCAACCGGCCCGUAAGGACUUGAACUUGGAGGAAUUUUGGACCACUGAGGCAUUCGGAGUUGCUUCAAAAUGCACGAAACCGUCUUCGAUGGAAGAUCUAAAGGCGCAGAAGUUUCUAGAGGAUACGACAACAUUCCAGGACGGACAUAACGUAGUCGGUAUGCUGUGGAGGGACUUGGACUCGAAGCUCCCAAACAACAUUACAGCCGCCAGACGCAGAUUCGAUCAUCUGAUGAAGCGGUUUAAUCAGGAUCCAGAGUAUGCCAAGUUGUAUCAGGAGACAAUGAAUGGGUACAUUUCCCAGGGUUAUGCCAGGCUUAUGACUGCGAAAGAGGCGGCAGUGUCUACUCCACGUACAUGGUACUUGCUACACCACGGGGUGACAAAUCCCAACAAACCUGGUAAAGUACGCGUGGUGUAUGAUGCUGCUUCCUCAUUCCAAGGCCACUCUUUGAAUAGUGCAUUGAUGUCAGGACCGGAUUUGUUAAACAGCUUGUUCGGGGUGCUACAACGUUUUAGGUUGAAGCCAGUAGGCCUAGUUACUGAUAUUCGUGCAAUGUAUCACCAGGUAAGGGUACCAGAGAAUGAGGCCGAUUCUCUCAGGUUUCUAUUCAAGGAGGAUGUGGAAACCCCAGGACCGCCACAAACUUAUCAAAUGGUCUCUCAUGUGUUUGGGGCCACCGAUAGCCCAGCCUAUGCAUUGUAUGCACUUCGCCGCACAGCUACAGACAACGCGAAAGAAUUUAGUCAGGAGGCAGUCGACAUGAUCCUACGUGAUUCUUACAUGGAUGACAUAGCAGGUGCCAUAGGGGAGGUACCGUCCGCUGCACAGGAAGUGGAUCUUUUAUUGAUCAAGGGUGGAUUUGGAACUCAUCAGUGGCUGUCCAAUAGUCGAGAUGUGAUGGAAGCUUUACACAGUCUGGAUCUCCUCACCCAGGAGGUUCGAUUCGAUCAUGAUGACCAUUACAUUCAACGCACACUUGGAGUACGAUGGGACAUCCAGGAUGACGUCUUCACGUUUGUUAGCCAAGUAAAGGAGAACCCGAUGACAAAACGAGGAUUAGUCAGUACGAUGAGUUCAAUUUUCGAUCCCUGUGGUUUCAGAACACCGUUCACACUCAGGGCCAAACUGUUGGCUCAGGAUUUAUGGAAGCUGGGAAUAGGAUGGGAUGAGGACCUACCGCCUGAGACGCUGGGAAAAUGGCAGGAUUGGAGAGUUGAAUAG